AUGCAUGGCAUUGGCAGCCACUUCCGUGGCUGGAGCGAAGAGCGCGCUGUCGUACGCAGGUAUUCCGACACACUGUAUAAUGUCGAUCAACCCCGUGACGAUAAGCCCUCCCCACCAUCAGCUAAACAUUCAACCAUCACCUCGACAAUCUCUGCACGUUUGUCAGCAUCCCGCACUCCGUUAUGCCCAACCUGGGGAGGGGGGAAUAAGCGACACUGUCGCAGUGCAGGGCGGAUUGCACAGUUGCAUGCAAAGUGGAAUGUGAAGGUCCGUGAGAAGGGACUGGAGGGAAACGCGGUCCAGGUGCUGGAUGUGUAUCCACAGGAGUUUAUCAAACAUCCCCAGAGCAAUGCAGUGGUAAGGAAGAAGAUGGAGGAGCUCCGGCCAGGCUACCUUCGACAUCCUGAACGUAUGGACCUUGCACCAGAGCAUGGUGACUGGCCUUUCGAAAUCCACCAUGGCUUCACCCCUUCGGAGCGCGUCCUCUCUCUCUUCCAGCAGUUCUUUGCCACACACCCUCGUGGUAGCUAUGAUGCCAGGCAGACUCGAUCGACAUAUCCUGCGGUUUACCUUGGGCAGUCAACCGAGACGGUCCGGGCCAUGGCUGCACUCCUGCAUGCUAUCAAUCAGGAGGUCGGAGAUCGGAUCCUUGGGUUGCUUGGGAAGCGCUUUCCGGAGGUGGCAGCUGAACGCAAAGCCAUCAUUGAGCACACCUGGCAGCACAAUGCUCUGUAUGAUCAGCCAGAGAUUGCAGGGUGUUGUGCCUAUCUUAAGCAUCAUGCUUGGCUGUGUUUGGCCAUUCAGGAUGGCAGGGGUAACAUUGUUCACAUUGACAUGAAUGAUGACCCCCAUCAAUUCACUGUUCUCUUCACCUAUGGCAUGUAUACCCAAGGCUACUUUGUCAUCCCCCAGCUCAACAUCCACAUUCCCCUCCAGCCUGGUCAGUUCUUAUUUGUAAAGACAUGCUACCUGGUCCAUUAUGCAUCCCACUUUGAGGGUGUGCAGUAUGUCUUCCCAGGCUUUAUGGAUGCCAACCUGUGCAAGGAUUAUAGAGAGUGGAAGAAGAAGCAGUAA